CUUUUAUAAACAUAGUGUAACUAUGUUUAUAAAAAGACUUAAAGUGACUUGUUGUUGACGCACAAAAUAUCUAAAAUAUUGAGCAAAAGAGGGUAAAAACAUGGUUUUGACAGUUUUGUCUUAUGUAUGGUUGUGGUUACAGACAACUACAAGGAGUUGAUGGGGAAAAAAGAAGCCUUCCUCAAGGAUGAGGACAUCUGGCACAUGGCAGUUGCAAGAAGGACCACACCUUGUACCACAACACAUGAUGGAAGCAAACCAAAGAAGCCGAAGAUGACAAAGGCUGCAAGAGACCGAGCCCUUUCCCAACUGAAAUCCUCGCUGCUGAGAAGAAAGCAAACAACCUCCACCCCCUUGACAAAUGAAGACGAUACAGACAUAGACACCAAUGUGGACUUAUUUGACCCACCUCAGGCUUCGGGAUCAACUGACCUCUCCCAAGGGGAAAGUGAAGAGGAGAGUGUCCUGAUGGAUCAGCCCAGAUCCAGUGUUGGCAUGCAACAGGAAGUGAUGGAUGCUCUGAAAGAAAUACCAGCCUUAGUCAAGUGUGUCAAAGAUCUUAUUGCAACCAUGAAGAGAAUGCCACCUGUCAUGGACACUGACAGUACAUGUUCUGGUUCUUCCAGUCCAGCUCCAGGAAUGAUUUCCCUUGGCAACAAGGGGGUGCAGGUCAGCAAAACCUGUUUCAAAAGACUCAACCGAACAAGAAUGUCCCUGUUCACACAGGACUUAACUGUGCUCCUCUUUGGGCGGGAUGUUUUGGCAUCCUCGACUCUCACAGGAAAACCAGGGCUUACUGGAACAGCGAAAGAGCAGCUAAAUCCGGAAAAGCUGAGUGCCCUUGUUGAUACAGUUAUUGCUGAAUUUCCAGGAACAAAUGUGUCUGAUGUGAGGGUGAUUCGGAGAAAGUGUAACAAUGAGAAUUUUGUGAGCAAAAAGAAACAGUAAGCAGUAAAUCAGUAACUGUUUGUAAUAAUUUCUUAUUUGUUUUUUCUUUGGUGGACAUACAUUUUGAGUUUAAACAAACUGUGAAUGUUUCACAUGUAAAAGUUUCAACAGUCAGUUUAAUGUUUAAUGUUUUUUAAUGUUUUCAAAAGUCAGUUUCAGUUUAAUGUUCAUCCCUGUCAUUACUAGCAAUGGUACGAUGAAGAGAAACAGUUUGAAAAUGUUGUUAAAGAUGUAUUUUGUACCCUGUCAUGCCGUGCAUGUUAAAAAUAAACUUUAU